GUCACUCUCCUCCUCCAUCUCUCAACCACCUUCGUUCCUUUACCUUUCUCUCCCCUUCACCUCGAACCCUUUGACCUUUUCCUCAUCCUUCUCAGACAUCACCAUCUUCUUGGAGCUUAAUCCUCUCACUUGCUUGCUUGCAGGCGUCACACUCCUUUUAUAAUAACUGCCUCCAAGAACACAUUCAUUCGUUGUUUACACCUCCCCCCCCAUCAUUCCGACCACAGUCACUCUCUCGAGGAAAAGUAAAAAUCAUCAAUCAAUCCAAAUUUAUCUUCUCAACCUCAAUAGUCCUCCAUUAUUUACUUUUUGACUUUACGUCAACCGUUUCGACUGUUUCAUAUUGGCCGUCCUAUACCGAAAUAAGAAUUAAAGAUAAUUCACCAAUCGAUCUUCCAAGUCUGAUAUACGCAUUAAUUUCCCAUUGCACUCGCACUGCCUUCUAUUUACAAAGUACCAUAUUCGAAUCGCACCUUCCUGUGAGCGAAGAAGAUACCCAAGACGAUUCCGAUAAUAGCAAACUACGAUUUAUAAUUCCUUAAUCGAUCGCACAUUUUAGAUAUCUCCUACAAAGCCAGUCAAAUUCGGUAGCAGGAUUACCUAUGCCAAUAUGGCGGACCAUCAAAGAUUAGCAAACAUUGUUAGGCUGGCACGUCGAGUACCAUUAGCAGAGGCGGCCGCAGAAGACAUUGGCAACAUUGCAUCGAUAUUGAAAAUGUCAUUACCAGAUCCAGUUCUUAUGGUAAGAAGUGCUACAACUUCUGCCGCCGCAUCCUCAAGCACAUGUGCUGCAGAUGAUACUUCUGCUGCGUGUGAAAAGCCAGUCGGCCCUUCCGCCUACACUUUGCCCGUUAUUCUAGGUAUCGUUAUUCCUGUCGGCGGCGCCAUCAUCUUAUUCACAAUUCUGCAACGAAGAUAUAUGAAGAAGGCUAGGGAAGAGGAUCUGAAUGAUCCAACCAAGAAUAUGGACUUUGGUAUGGGUAGAAUUUCGAGAACUGCUGGUGGAGAAUCAGGAAUCUCAAACUUCGAUGACGAGAAAGGGGGUGCUGUCAGAACACGACAAAUGUCCUUGGAUUUGGGAGGUAAAAGUCCAUACUUACUACCACCAGAACUCCACAAUUCUAGGGAAAGUCUUCACUCGCUUUCAAGAACAAUUCAUUCGAACGAAGAUCCUUAUCGUCCAGUACAUGAAGCUGUCGGUGGCUCCAUACGUUCCAAACAGGGCCGCAAUGGAUCUUCGAUUAUGACCGAAUCAAGUGCAGCUCCUUCCAAGAUGUACGAUGCUGGCUCCCCGGAUGGACAAGGUCUCCUAUCAAAUGCUGCUGCAAUGUCAAGAACAACUCCACCUUCAACCGGCUCUUCUCCACCACCAAAGUCAAACUCAAUCCCACCUGCUAACAUGCCAGCGGAACCAAAGCAAGCUGAAUCUCCACAAAAUGUUGCCAGAAAAGGUCUACCAGGUAAUUUCCGCCCCCAAGAUAGGUUCCCUACUGCUAUGCCCGUUCCAAUGCCCUAUCCGGACCGGGAAUCUUAUGCUGGAAACCAUUAUAAUGCGAUCAGAGAUAGUAACAAUUACCUAGGCUCCUUAAUCAUUUCUGAUCCAUCCGCUGCUGCUUCAACUGGUCCCGCCGAACCAAAGCCAAAUACAACUCGUAAAGCACCCCCUCCAGCAAUCAACACAUUACCAAUGGAUCCAAAACCUACUGCACAACCGCAACCAAAGCCCCGAAACUCUGAGAUUAGUGAUUACGGUGAUGGAAUCGAGAUUACACCACCAUCUCCUGCUCGCGAAGCCGCAAAUAACAAGGCAAACCGUUACUCUAUGGAUGUCCCACCCGAAGAAUUUGCUCAAGCUGGUUUGGGUGCUCCUGGAUUUGACCCCAAAAGACUUUCCAUGGGUUUCCGACCAUUGCCUCCUGAUGCUCCAGCUGAUGCUGCAGAGGAUCCUGAAACUCGUGCCAACAGAAUUAGAUCUUUCUACAAGGAAUAUUUUGAUGACUCAAAACCAGCUCCACAAGGUCAAUACAUUGAAGAUUAUGAAGCGAACUAUCCUGGUCCAGGAGAUUCUACUUACUUCGAUCCAGCUACCAACAGCUUCGUUUUGCCAUAUGCCGAACCAAUUUCUCGUCGUGCUAUGACACCACCUCCACGUGCACCAAGAUUUCAAGGAGCACCACCACGUUCUAUGCAUGGUUCAAUGGGUGGUUCCUCAAUGCGUGGACCUCCUAGAAUGCCAUUCAAUGAAGGACCAAGAGCAUCUUCGUCUGCUUCUCAGCGCGGUCCUAUGCCAUCUCCAAGAAAGAAUUUGCCACCCCCUGAACCACUUACUUCGUUACCUACCCCAUCCAAGCUCAAGGACGACUCAUUUGCUUUACUCAACACACUCGACUUUGCACCAGAAUUAAAUGUCCGUGAUCGUGUUGCCGGUCGAUCUGAAAGUCCUUUCGGUGAAAGACGACCAUAUUCACCUGCACUUCCAGCAUUUGCACCAAUUGUUGGAGCAUAUGAUGAACUUGCCGCAAUGCCAAGCCCCCACAUGUUGAGGAAAUCUGGUACUUUCACAUCCCUUGAUUUCGCUCCUCCAAGAAAAUUCAGGGAUCCAGAGAAUAUGAGUGACGCUGGUAGUAUCCGAAGUAACAAGAGUGGAAUUUCAUCGGUUCAAGCAAAUGCGAUUAGAAAUGGUGCUUAUCGUAUCAGUAAAAUUCCUCAAGAUAUCGUCUUUACCAAGGAUGAUAUGGCUACGACUCUGAAACCAGAAUGGGGUAUGCGUCAAGGUAUGUGAGGUGUAAAAGAUGCAAAAUUUGAGGGGUUUUUACUUUGUUCUUUCUGGAUUGAUGCAUUUGAGCGCGCAUUUUUGAGGUUUACAUACCUGUUAAGCCCUAUCAAUUGUCAAUAUUGGGUUUCGAUUUCAUACUUUGUUAACAUGACGAUGAUUCACCAUACGUGAUUAUCAAACGAUGGACAUGGUUAUUUGUUUUGUCGGAAGAAGUGCUGAAUUGAUCUUGAAUUGGUCUCUUCGAGUGUGGAUUGUUGACAGCUGGAGAAUAAUGUCUUUUAUUGUAAUUAGACGGGGAAAUUGGGAUUGGAGCCGAAGGAGUUCUGUCUUGUGUUUUUACCGUUCAAGAAACACAUCUUAGGGAUUUUUUUUUGUGGCGAUUUCAAGGUUCCGCGAUUUACAUACAGAUAUUACACCACGUUGGGAGAUUCGAAUGAGGGUGUGAAGAUAUCUGAUGAGAGGUGUGGGAGAGAGGGGAGAUUGAUUGACUUGAAAAAAAGUGAGAUGAGGUGACAUCUGGUUCUUGAGACAGGAUCAGAGAGGGAUGUCAGAAUUUGAGAGAAAACGGAUUUGGAUGGGAAAUGGUGGUCAUAGUAGUCAGUCAAUCAGUCUUUCUUGUAUAAACUCAAAAAAUAAAUUCAUAAAAUUGAAAAUUCAAAUCA